UCUUCAUUCCCGACAACAUCGUCACCCAGCUUCUGGGCUUUACGACGUCGGAAAAUGCUGUCGUCCUCACUGCGCCGGGCUGCAUGGGCUCCUAUGGGGCCCAUCGCCGGCAUGUCUCGCGCAACCAGCCAAAGUAUUACUACCUCCGCGAACGGCCUCAUCGGCUCGUCACAACAUGGAGUGAAUUCUGCAGAGAAACGUGAGGGGAAGGCUUCCAGACGGAGGGGCAAGGAUAGCAACGGCCGCAAUGGCUCCAAGCAGCCGACGGCUUUUUCCCGACUUCCUAGUGUUCCCUCUACCCAACACCUCCAGCCGCAUGACGUUCACGUCGCCUCCUUCUUUUCCAUCCACCGACCCAUCUCCGUUUCCACCACCGUUCCUCCGACCUCGACCCCCGAAGCCUUCGACGCCAUCUUCACCGCAAAGAAGCCGGCUAAGCCUGAGGUGGACGAUGUCAUCUUCACCCUCUCCUCCGCCGUCAACUCCAUGGAGAACUCCACUGCCCACUCCGGCGAGCAGGAGGGCUCUCUGCAGUACUUCGACAUGGAAGGCAACCAGCUGGAUGGCAUGAACCUUUCCGAUCUGAAAGUCUCCGUCGAGGAACUCACCAAGCGUCUCCGUCCCUUCCACCCUCCUCCGCCGCCCGUUCCCUUCGACGAAGCGAAGAACAUGGCCUCCUCCGAGUUCGAGGACGUCCCCCGGGAGACCUCCAGCUACUCCACCGUCCUGACCAUCCACGAGUCGAUACACUCGGAUGGUCGCAAGACCUACGAGGCUCACACUGGUCCCUUCGUGCCCUCCGGUGAGAUGGAAGCUCCCGGUGCCAUUGGAGAGAGCGAGGCCAUCAUUGAUGCCCCCCACAACUCCGGCACCACCUACAUGGAGCGUAUCCGCAACAACCGCACCAUGCACGCCAUUAGCACCAAGAGACGUCGCAGACUGAAGAUGAAGAAGCACAAGCUGAAGAAGCUGCGCAAGAGGACAAGGACCCUGAGACGGAAGCUUGAGAAGGCUUGAUUGAUUAUCUUCAAUCAUCAGAGACCAUUACCAUUUGCUUUGCAGCUAUAAUUUUUCUUUUCGCUACGCUACAAUCCGAAUAAACCUUCCUCUUGUUAUCCAUCUUCCUUUUUUAUCUAUUUACAUACUUACAUGCUACCUCUUUCCAUUCCUCUGCUUCACAGAGAAGUCAUCUCUAGACUUACGCAUCUGAAGCUUU